UACUAGUUACAAGUCCCUCCCGGUACAUACGGGACCUUUUGGAACGCGUCGGCCAUUUUGUCCAUGCUUGUUGUAUUGUCAGCGAAGAAGGAAGGUUCUUUUUGUGUUUGAGAGAGUUUUCAAUCGAAAAUGGGCCGUAAAAAGAAGAAGCCGAUGAAGCCAUGGUGCUGGUAUUGUAAUAGGGACUUUGAUGAUGAGAAGAUUCUCAUUCAGCACCAGAAAGCUAAGCAUUUCAAGUGCAUGAUUUGCCACAAGAAACUUUACACAGGCCCUGGCUUAGCGAUUCACUGCACGCAAGUCCACAAGGAGACAGUGUCAGCUAUUCCCAACUCUCUACCAAACAGAGGAGAUCCUGAGAUUGAAAUCUAUGGAAUGGAGGGGAUUCCAGAGAAAGAUUUGAAAGAGAGACAGCAGCGCCAAGGAAAGGAGGACUCUGAUGAACCAUCUGCUAAGAUAGCCAAAGAAGAUGCGCCAGUUGCCGUAACGGUAGCAGCCCCACAUAUGAUGAUGAUGCCGCAGAUGGUGCCGCCAGGUUUCCCGCCAGGUUUUCCACCACCAAUGGGUAUGCCGAUGAUGUCGGGUCAGCCCAUGCCAGGUAUGCCACCAAUGCAAGGAAUGCACCAGGGUCCAAUGAUGGCCAUGCAUAGAAUGCCCCCAAGCACACUGAUGGGAGCUACUGGCACUGUAAGUACUGUUGGGGUCCCUGGGCUGGGCGGGGCUCAGAACCCCCUGGGCCCAGGGCCCCAGGUACAAGCUAGCAAACCACUCUUCCCAGCUGCUCAGAAUGUCAAUGGAACUGUUGCAUCGAGUACAUCUUCUGGUCCAGUAGGGGCCGACUUUAAACCCAUAACAGUAGAAGCUGGUGGCUCCACCUUCCAGAAAGGACCAAUCAUAGCAGGAGCCCCUAUGCCUGCAACAAGCCAGGUGGCCCAGGCCAAACCGGCAAUGAUUGUCGCCCCAGGUGCAACAAGUAAACUAGUCCAUCCGGAUGAAGAUAUUUCACUGGAGGAAAAGAGAGCCUCCCUUCCAAAAUAUGCCCCUCAGACACCAAACCUACCCACCUCAAACCUUCCAACAAUGCAGAUGAACCCAGGCAUACCAGGAAUGGCACCUUCCAGCAUGGUACCACCAAUGACCAUGCCGUCUAUGCCACCUGUUAUGACCAUGCCAUCCACAAACCCCCAGGGCUACCCCAUGGCUGCCCCGCCCCUCAUGGCGCAACAGCCACAGUUCAUGCAGCAGCCGCCAACAUUAUCUCAGGGAGUACCUUAUAGCAUGCCACCUCGACCGGGAGCUCCUGGGACUAUGCCCACUGGACCUGUGCCCUUGUUAGGCAACCCUCCUUCAUCUCAGGCACCCCCUGCUCGGGGGCCACGCCCCAUGCCAUUAUUCCCUAAUGGACCGCCUAUGCAGAGAAUGCCAAUGGGGGGUCCACAACCUCAUUCUUAUUAGCUUAGUUUUAGUUCAGAUUUUUUUCAUGUUUAUAUAUAAAUACAUUGAUGUACAGUCUCAUUUUGCCUUACAGGAUUUUCUUGUAAGAGAUUUGUAAUGCUAUUUUUACUUGAUUACUUUGGGAUUUAAAAUAUGCUAACAGUCUUAGGGAAGAUCAUGUCAUACAGAGAAAACCUUGUAUCAAGAAUUUUUCAAUAAUAUUAGGGAACCACCCUAUGUAUAUGGGUUGUUUGUUUUAUCUUGGCCAAAUGCUGUAUGUUUUCUUUUUUUCAAAUUGACCCCAAGUAGAGUAAGAUCUGUAAUAACAUAUAUUAUGGUUGGGUUUUUGGAAGCAAUGUACUUCGAUCAAUGUUCUCACUGUAUGGCAUUAACUGAAGGUUAUCCACACUUACUGGUGUUACCCUGGCAAUUAAUUUACAAUUUGCUUUUUCCAAAGAAACCCAUGAUAGAGCUCUUUACCCUGAUAACUUUAAAGGUAGGAAAUCAAAAGGUAGGAAAGGUUCUCUAAAAGACUAAUGGCAUAACAAGGUAGGAGAGAUUGUGCCACGAAUAAAGCUGUAACCUUUAACUAC